AUGACUUUAACUGAUUCCAAUAUGGAUGAUUUAUCUAAAAAUCUUGCUACAAUAACGCUUGAACAAGAAGCCAAUACAAACAUAUCACAAGCAAGUAAUUAUUAUGAAUUACGAGGAGGUACAAAAACAGUGAAUUUUGCUCGCCUUGAAAAAGGUCUUCUCUUAUUUAUUUACAUUCAUGAAACUACAAAAGACACUCUUCAUAUGGAAACACUAUUAUGGGAUCGACGUUUAUGUAUCAAUAUAGUAAAAUAUGGUGAUUGUUCUAAAUCAAACCAUCAAUUUCAUUAUGAACAUAACAGUCCCUAUCGUCAACCGAAUAUAUGUGCUUUUUGGUAUACACAAUCAUGUACACAGCAAAACAAAUGUCGAUAUAGUCAUGAAUUUCAAAACUUAUCUCAGUAUCAUAAGUAUAUUCUUAAUAAUACAGAUAAUAUGAUAUGUAAACUUAUUCGAUUUAUUCGAAAUUUUGCUGGACAUUAUAUUGAUUCAUCUAUAACAGAUAAAAAUGAUAUUCAAGAACUUCAUAAAGAAAUUGUUCUAUUAAUGGUACAUCUUGUACAUAAUUUAAGUCCUAAACGAAAUAAUUCAAUUGAUCAUUUAAAUCUUUUUCUUGAAGCAACUACGAUUAAACAAUUAAUUCCACAAGAUAAUCUACUUGAAGAACUAGAAAAACCAUAUAAUGUACCGGAAGUAUUUUUUAAAUCAAAUAUAAAUUUUACUACAUAUUGGUAUAAACAUGGCAUGAAUAAACGUUCUAUUAAUUUUAAUCAAAUAUCUAAUGAAUUAAAAACAUUUUUUAAUGGUAUUUUUGUCGGUUUUUAUGAAGGACGUUUAAAAUCACGUGGUGCAUCAGCUGCAUGGGAUUGA